CAUUUAAAAAGUUAUUUUGCGUAGACCUGAAUGAGUAAUAUUAAUAAUUGUAAAUAAAAUUAAGAUUUCAUUAAGUUGUGCUCAUAUUUUUAUUAUCAAAUUGAAAAAUAAUUCCUGUCUGGUAUUAAUGAUUACAGUUAAAGACGAAAACAUAUCGCAAAUAAGUUGGUGGACUUUGUUAAACUUCACUCAAUUGAUCACUCAAAUGUAGUGUAACCCACAAAUAAACAUUGACAAAGUCAUUUUGCGUAGACCUGAAUGAGUAAUAUUAAUUUUAAUAAUUUUAAAUAAAAUUAAGAUUUCAUUAAGUAGUGCUCAUAUUUUUAUUAAAGAAUUGAAAAAUAAUUCCUGUCAGGUAUUAAUGAUUACAGUUAAAGACGAAAACAUAUCGCAAAUAAGUUCAAGUAAACAAAAGCAGGUGAGUGACCUCUGAGUCUAUUGAUUUCUGUAGCCCUGAUGGUCUCAGUUCUUCAGUCACAUUUACUCUGAGACAUAAGGAUGAGGUUUUUUCUGCUGCUUGGACUAAUUGCUUUCACAUAUGCAGCUGAAGAGUCAUGUAUUGAACGCUGUGAAAAUGGGUUUGACGCCACCAAGAGCUGCCAGUGUGAUUCUAUGUGCGCAUACUACAAGAGCUGUUGCAAGGACUAUGAAUCCUUAUGUCGUAUUAUGACUCGUGGAGACACCUUUCCUUCUUCCCCCGAGGAUGAUUAUGAUGAGCAAGCAAACAGCACAGAGGUGCCAAUCAGAUCCAGAUCACAGCGCAUAAUGUUGACCCCAUCUCCAGCAAGCUUUGCUGAAACAUUAUUAAAUGAUAACCCAGCACCUGAGAUUGCCACUGCUGCCUCUCAAACUACACAUUUCAGAUUAGCCUCCACCAUUAAGAACCCAACCACAACUCCACACACAACCUCAAUUCCUAAACCCACACCAACAAAAGCCAAAGACCCUGAUGCUGAGGUCUGCAGCGGCAGACCCUUUGACUCAUUCAUGCAGCUAAAAAACGGCUCUAUAUACGCAUUCAGAGGACAAUAUUUUUUUGAGCUUGAUGAGAAAUCAGUAUUACCAGGAUACCCAAAGCUCAUCGAAGACGUCUGGGGAAUAAAAGGCCCAAUAGAUGCUGCUUUCACUCGCAUAAACUGCCAAGGAAAGACGUACAUCUUCAAAGGUAAGAAAUACUGGAGGUUUGAAGAUGGAGUACUAGACGAAGAUUUCCCACGAGAAAUAUCUGUGGGAUUUGAGAAGAUACCAGACAAUCUGGAUGCUGCCUUUGCCAUUCCUGCUCACAGCCAUCAUGGCAAAGAGAAGGUUUAUUUUUUUAAAGGAGACCAGUAUUACCAGUACGAGUUCAAGCACCAGCCAUCCCAUGAGGAGUGCAUUCAGAUGUCAUUAAGAUCUCCCUCAACACUCUUCCGCAGAUACACUGAUAUUUACUACGACCGAUGGUUUGAGCACUUCAACCAGCUCUUUGAUGGAGCUCACAGUCAUCACGGUGGCCAUCACUUCAUCGACAAAGACUGGACUGGCAUCAAGUCUCCUGUGGAUGCUGUGCUAGCUGGUAGACUCUAUAUCACUCCGAGAUGGCCCAGCAGAAGACGUCAGGACAGGAAUCGGCAGGAUUGGGACCAGCAGUGGGGGCAACAAUAUGGGCAGCAGUGGAACCAGCGUUAUAGGCAGCAGUGGGACCAGCAGCGGGGCUCCAGGCGUAGACAGAAUAGGUCACCUUAUUGGGAGACUAUGGCUGAAAGGGGCAUCAGCAUUGGACAGGAGUUUGCUCAGAGGUUUGGACAGGACAGGUGGCGAGACCAGGACAGACGCAGAGACUAUUACAACAGACAAAAUGACUAUGAUUAUGACUACAGGUACAGACCUUCUGAAGACAUCGCCUACGACAUACUGCGCAGGAGGCAGCCUUUACAGAGUGUCUACUUCUUCAAAGGAGAUAUGUACUACAGAGUGAAUCUCCGAACCAAGCGGGUUGACUAUGCAAACCCUCCAUAUCCAAGACCUAUUGGAAAAUACUGGCUUGGCUGCAAAGACAAGCCAGGAGCAGAAAAGAGAUGAGUCCAACUGUAAAAGACAUUUAAUAGUAUUUAUCAUACAAAAAAAGCUGCAUUUGAAUGGUCAAAGAGAAGGCUCAUCAGUAGGCCCUUAUAGUCUCUCCAUAGAUUUUAAUGUGAAUAGAAUGACAUUCAUGAUGUUCUACAAGUACUCAAGAAACUAAUCUACUCUAUAUUCCUUAUUGUUGUGUUGAUUAAUCAUGCUCGUUGGACAAUGGAUAGUCUCAAACAUCUCAAGUAAACAGACAUUUGAAUAUAAUCCUAGAAUGAAAGCAAUAGCACAAGAGGAAUAACAUUUCUGUUGCUUACAAAAGCCUAAAAAGUUGCUAUGAGCUUUGCAACAGUUUUUAGUGAGGAAUUGUUUUGCAAUCUUUGAAUAAACUGCAAUGUUUUUGUCAUUGUCAA